AUGACUACAGAAAACCCGCCGUCGACGAGUAUCAUUCCACCUGAUUCCGAUUCAUCCGAGGAGCUCAAGAAGCCAGCGAAAACAAUAGCGGGUUUGUUGCAGCGUGCUCGUAAGACUGUGAUCGUGGCAGGCGCUGGUGUUUCAACGGCCGCCAACAUUCCAGAUUUUCGCGGCCCCGAUGGACUCUACAAUAAGAAUGUCGAUCUUUCAAAAAUCAAUAUUGACUUUCGGACCCUAAACCCAACAAAGUCGCAUUUGAUUAUCCGCGAGCUUCUUGACCGCGGUGUCAUCGAUUAUUUGAUUUCGCAAAACUGCGACGGACUUUUUCUGCGUGCCGGAGUGGCCCAAAAUCGCAUUUCCGAGAUUCACGGAAACAUGUACAUCGAGUUCUGCUAUAACUGUUUUCGACAAGUGAUUCGUCCAUAUGAUGUCUCUUUCAAUAGCAAGUUCCGGCAACAUGAAACACCAUCCGACUGUCCAAACUGUCGCCGAAAAUUGAAAGAUACCAUCAUUCACGAAGGAGAGAAGACGACAAAUUUGUAUCCGCACAAUUUUCAACGGGCCGCUGAUUCUGCUUCAAGCUGUGAUCUCAUGAUAUUUAUUGGAACAAGUGGUGUGGUCAUAAAAGAGUACAAACAAUUAUAUAAUGUGUCGGCUGAAAAAGUUAUUAUAAAUGACGGUCCAACACCGAUCGAUAAUGAUAGCAAGUAUGUUGUGCGAGGAAAAUGCGAUGAUGUAUUCACCGAAAUUUUGAAGGAGCUCAACUUGGACGGCCUCGAUGAAUCGAUGUUGAAAUAUUGCGGACACUGCGAUCCAGUUCUCAAUCAACCGAAAGGUUCGCGUAAACUUGACUUUCUUGGUUCUUUCACUCGUUGUACUUGUGCCGAGAGACCUCCCAAGAAUAUGUUGGUCAUCAAUCCAUCGACAGCCAGAUACGGAAUUCCGGCUUGGAUGAUGAACAGCAUUAAACGUAGAAAGACGAUUGAAAGUAGUGAGAUGAGAGAAUGCGAAAGCGAGGAAAGUAGUCAUGAUUCUGAUGACUCUGAUUUUACACCGGACAAAGAAAAGAAAUCACAAGGUGCUGAUGUGAAAGGAAAACGAGUAAACUCAAGCAACAAGCGAGCGUAUCGUAAGAAGACAGUGAAUAGUGGAAAUACUCCAACAAGCAGCACUUCAAAACCAGCAUCGAUUUUGUCUCGUCGUGGACGCCCAAGAAAACAUUUCGCAAAUAGUAGUGAUUUGUCUGAUGGCACUUAUGGCUCAGUGGAAUCGACGUCACAUGAAACUACACCGGAAGUUGCUGUACGCAAUUCAAUUCAAGACAGCUCCGACCAAGUUGCUGAACAAUAUAUUCGAGUUGAUGUCGAAAAUUCAAUCGAUGUUGUCCAACAAAACAAAGCCUAUUUGGUUGCCGUCAACGACAUCGAGGUCUCUUCGGAAGUUACCAUCCAAGUUGCUACUGAGAAUGCCGUCCCAGUGACUGCAGAAAUCCCAAUCGACGUUGAUAUCAAAGAAAAGUUGGAGCAAUCAAUUUCCCCAAACGGUGAGACAUGUGUACAACAGAAAUGCUCAACACCAAAGAGUAAUGUUCUCCAGCUUCACGUGUAA